AUGCCCGACCAGCAAGGUGAAUGCGCCAAGCCGUGGAAGCUCUUCGUUGGGCAGGUGCCCAAGAACGUACAGGAGGCCACAAUCCGGUCCUUCUUUUCGCCUUAUGGCGAAAUCGUGCAUAUGAACAUCCUGCGGGACAGAUUCACCCAGAUCUCCAAAGGUUGUGGAUUUGUCUCGUACUCAACGAAAGAGGCCGCGGACAAAGCCAUCUCCGCCCUCCACAGCGUAGUCACCAUCCCUCCGCACACGGCUCCGCUCCAGGUGCGGUACGCCGACGAAGAGCUGCAGCAAAUGGCCGAGCACAAGUUGUUCAUUGGCAAGUUGCCGACCACUGUGACGGAAGAGCUGUUGCGCCAGAUCUUCGCGCCCUAUGGCAACAUCGAAAAGCUCAACAUUCUCAAGGGCCCGGCUGACGUGAACUGCGGCUUCGUGAAGUAUGAUAACCGGGAGGAGGCGGAGAAGGCCAUUAGAGCAUUGAAUGGCAAAGUGGUAGGGUCGAACGAACCUCUCGUGGUCAAGUACGCCGACACGAAAAAGCAGAAGGAAAAGAAGAUGCAGAUGAAGGUGCCUCCUGGUGUGGACGUGAACACCUACAUCGGCCAGCUUCAAGCUCAGAUCGUGGCGCUGCAAAACGCCCUCAGUACGCGUUCAGCCUCGCCCGCAAGAAAGCAGCAGCGUUGGUUCAAUUAA